AUGAAGAAAACUCGAAAAAAGAGUUAUCGCUGGUCUUUGAGUCUCCGGGAAGCCAUCGAGUCGAGAAACUACAAUUAUUUAAAAAAUUAUUUGGUAGAUGAACGAAAUAUUCAUACAAGAGAAGCUGAUGGCUCUACCGCCCUUCAAAUCGCUCUUCUAAUAGACGACAUCGAGAUGGUAAGGUUUUUACUCGAACAUGAAGCAGAUCCAAAUCAAUGUUACGUUUCUGGAAAUUGGGAAGGCUGUUUUCCACUCCAUUUUGCCUUGUCUGUAAGAAGCAGUGCUAUGGCCAUGUUGUUGAUCGAUUAUGGAGCUGAUAUUUUCGCCAAGUCGCCUAGUGUGCUGCCUGCAAUUUGUGUUGCUAUCAUCAAUAACCGUCUUUGUGUUCUUCGCUAUCUAAUGAACAAUGGGUUGAGCCCUGAUACUCUCAUUGAUGAUAAUAUUUCGCUCCUGAGCUACGCUGUGUUAAAAGGAAAUAUCAGAAUCGUCAGGUGUAUUCUGGCGUACAAGCCUAGUCUCAACCUCCACCAAAAUCAGCAAGCUCUUUUAAACUCAAUCCACAGGUCUGGUAAUUGUUCGAAAAGACUUGUAAAAAUGCUUUACAAGUAUGGAUUUACUUUGCAACCGGCGGAAAUAAAUCCUGAUCUGAUCUACAAAGCUAUUAUAAACGGUCAUUAUGAGGCUGUUCAGGAUUUACUGAAGCUGGGCGUCAGUCCUGACUUCAAAAUAAGUUCUCAUUCGCAGAAAGAGAAAAACGAACAGAUACUGCAUAAUGCUGUAAGGUCUGGAGAGAUAAAAAUCGUUCGACUACUCUUGGAAAAUGGUGCCAACGUAAAUCUCCGAAAUGAAAAUGGAAUAACACCUAUAAUCAAUGCUGCCUGGAAAAACAACCUGGGUAUGAUCAAACUUCUCUUAAAAUAUGGCGCUGAUGUAACGAACGCUGAUUCGAGUGGCCGUACAGUGUUACAUUUCACCAUUAUGGGAUGUAUAGAUCACAUCUACACAAGUCUUACUUUCUGUAUGGACAGAACUAAGGCUAAAAUUGUUAAGCUAUUGAUUUCUAAAGGAGCAGAUGUAAACGUUCAGAAAUAUGAUACUAAUAGCAGUCCUCUUCAUUUCGCAGCAUGGUUAGGAAUACCUGAUACAAUACAGGUGCUGUUAGCUCACGGCGCUCGAAUGGAUUUAAUCAAUUCCUUACACCUGACUCCACUUAAGUGUGCUCGUAGUGAAAUGAUUGACCUCAUAACCGAGAUAAACUACAUCAACCACCGAGAUGCCUUGUGGACUCUCAAACUUUCUACGUUGAAGCUACUUGAACAACAUGUUUAUCAGCUUUACCGGAUCGGACUUCCCGUCUGUCCGAGGGACUUGAAGGAAGUUGAUGCAAAUAUCUAUAAAUUGAAGGACGACGCUAUUAAAAUGAUUAAUAAUGAAAUUCGGUUUAUGAAGAAGACUAGGAUACUCCACAAUUACAUAACUCUGUAUUGCUUUCUGACAAGUACUGAUGAAAAAGCAGCAAAAGUAAUCCGGAAUGAAGCCUCUCUCAAAAGCCUCAAAGCAAUGCUACGCCACCCAGUUAAGUUUCCUCAAUAUGCUAAACUUAUAAGAAAUAAGCUGACGGUUGCUUUGAAUGAACGAAAUAUUUAUACAAGAGAAGCUGAUGGCUCUACCGCCCUUCAAAUUGCUCUUCUAAUAGACGACAUCGAGAUGGUAAGGUUUUUACUCGAACAUGAAGCAGAUCCAAAUCAAUGUUACGUUUCUGGAAAUUGGGAAGGCUGUUUUCCACUCCAUUUUGCCUUGUCUGUAAGAAGCAGUGCCAUGGCCAUGUUGUUGAUCGAGUAUGGAGCCGAUAUUUUCGCCAAGUCGCCUAGUGUGCUGCCUGCAAUUUGUGUUGCUAUCAUCAAUAACCGUCUUUGUGUUCUUCGCUAUCUAAUGAACAAUGGGUUGAGCCCUGAUACUCUCAUUGAUGAUAAUAUUUCGCUCCUGAGCUACGCUGUGUUAAAAGGAAAUAUCAGAAUCGUCAGGUGUAUUCUGGCAUACAAGCCUAAUGUCAACCUCCACCAAAAUCAGCAAGCUCUUUUAAACUCAAUCCACAGGUCUGGGAAUUGUUCGAAAAGACUGGUAAAAAUGCUUUACAAGUAUGGAUUUACUUUGCAACCGGCGGAAAUAAAUCCUGAUCUGAUCUACAAAGCUAUUAUAAACGGUCAUUAUGAGGCUGUUCAGGAUUUACUGAAGCUGGGCGUCAGUCCUGACUUCAAAAUAAGUUCUCAUUUGCAGAUAGAAGAAACUGAACAUAUAUUGCAUAGCGCUGUGAGGGCUGAGGAUAUAAAAAUCGUUCGAUUACUGUUAGAAAAUGGUGCUAACGUACAUCUUCGUGAUUUUCAUGAACAAACACCGAUAUUAAUCGCUGCUGGAACGAGCAAUCUAUGCAUGAUCAAACUUCUCUUGAAAUAUGGAGCUGAUGUGACGGAUGCUGAUCGAAAUGGUCACACAGUAUUACACAUUGCAAUUAUGGAAUGUAUGGAAUAUAUUUACGAACAUAUGAACUUUUGUAUGAACAAAACUAAAACUCGAAUCAUUAGUCAGUUUGCCACUUAUGGUGCGAAUGUAAACGCUAGGAAAUAUGGUCCUUCUAGCAGCCCUCUUGAUUUUGCUGCCUGGAUCGGAAUCCCAGGUGCCGUUCAGAUACUAUUAGCUUAUGGAGCACGAGUUGACGAGGUCAAUUCCGUGGAUAUGACGCCACUUAAAUACGCUCGUAGUGAAAUGGCUGAUCUAAUAACCGGGGUAAACUUCAUCAACCACCGAGAAGCCUUGUGGACUCUCAAACUUUCUACGUUGAAGCUACUUGAACACCAUGUUCAUCGGCUUUAUCGGAUCGGACUUCCCGUCUGUCCGAGAGACUUGGAGGAAGUUGAUGCGAAUAUAUAUAAAUGGAAUGACGACGUUAUUAAAAUGAUUAAUAAUGAAAUUCGGUUUAUGAAGAAGACUAGGAUACUCCACAAUUACAUAACUCUGUAUUGCUUUCUAACUAGUACUGAUGAAAAAGCAGCAAAAGUAAUCCGGAAUGAAGCCUCUCUCAAAAGCCUCAAAGCAAUGCUACGCCACCCAGUUAAGUUUCCUCAAUAUGCUAAACUUAUAAGAAAUAAGCUGACGGUUGCUUUGAGUAAAAAAAAAUUAGAUACAGUUACAUUUAGAUUAAUGAAAUUCUUUUUUAAAGAAAAAAAAUUACCAUUACUUCCAGACGAAUGCAUUGAACACAUUGCCAGUUUUUUAUCGGAUAAAGAUAAAGAAACAGUCAUUAAUCAGUUUACUUGA